GUCAGUAUAUCGGAAGCAUUCGUUGAAGAUAGAGGUUUCUUUACUGGCAAAUUUUGAGCUCAACCUUUGUCUCUUUCUAUCUCCUGAUCUAUUUCUUCUCAUCGACAAGUUAGUUGUGCUUGGUAUAUCUUUUUAAGUUUUCAUUACUGUGGCUAAAGUGACACUCAAUUAAAGAAAACACUUUCCUUUAUCGCAUGUUUGUUUACGUUUGUUGUGAGAAGUGCACCUUUUCGUAAUUUGAACUGAAAAAUAGAGAAAUCGAAGUAGAGUAUCAAAAAUCUCUAGAGCUCUAUUACUCGUAAAAUUGAGUGCUAAAACCAACUGGUGCUGUUUUAUGUAGGCCUAUCGCGGUAGAACGUAGUGCAAAAAGACUGGAAACUGUAACAAAAUAUUGUCCACACAACGUUGAACAAAUGUGUAGUUAAAUAUAGAUUUUCGCUUCAGCGAUGAAUGUGGAAAAAGUGAAUCGAUUGAUAUUUUACUAAUGUGACACUAAAACUAGCCUAACAUAAGGGCGAAACUGUAGACAACUCUAUUUUUUUAUACAGGAUACCGGAGAAGCUUGUUUGUGGACAAAUUUCUUGUAAAAUUGUGCAGCUCAUACAAAAAUAGAAAGUAAUUUUGUAUCCCUCACACAUUCGUAAACGAUAUGCGGUAGAAGAAUCGUGGGAAUUAGAUACAAAAGUGGUUAAAGUUGGGAAGCGUCCAGUUGACAAAGGCAGGUUCAAAAAUGUGUUUCAAUAGAAGAAUCCUGCAAUUUUUACAAAUGAAUACGAAGAAUUGUAGUCAACGCAAUAAUGCGCAAACUCUGAAUCAAACCCUAGAUAGGUUUUGAAGAGCAUAUUGUCAGCAAAUUUAAUGAAUGAAUUUUCGGAGACCAAACAGAACUUUGUUAGAUCAACGUUUCUCAUCUGUUGCACAAGCUUCCUGUUCAGCUUUCUAAACAAUUCUACGAUAGCAACAGUGUAGUUGUAAGAGAGUGCAAAACACGGAGGCAGUACUACCGCGUUCAGAGUGUUAGAAUAUAGUUACGUACGAACUGCUUAAAAGAACACUCAAAAUGAAGAUGAGUUCGAGAACACCACGUGCUCUUAACUAGAUUUUGUGCGGGAAUGUAAUCAAACGCCAUGAUGCUUAAUACGUACCUCAAAAGAAAAAAAAAACGCGAAACUGGGCUUUGGGGCCUCAAAAGAACUGGGCCUCAAAAGAAAAAAAACGCGAAAGUUGGUUUCGGCCUGCAAACUGGUGAAUAUUUUUAAAAUACAAGAGAUUAACUAAGAAAAAAUGGUUUAUUUGAACCAGUAAGCAAUGUGCAAUAACAAAUCCAUCUAAACGCUUUUCGCACAGGCGUUUAGAUUUAGUGUCGCUUGGACAACUAUUAAUGGAAGUGAGUUGUCCCGUGUAGUGAAAUCAUAUAUUAUUUUCAAGUAUUCAAGUUUCAAAUAUCACUGAAGAAAAUAAUUGUAAAAGAUGAUUAUGUCUCUGGAUAUGAUAUUAGUAAUCGCGGCCAUAGUGAUCCUGCUUGGUUACGUUCUAUUCGUUCGGAUAAGAAUUCAUGAAAAGAAUGACGUAUUUCACCGGAAUGAAUCGAACGACAACCGAAAGCAGCAUAAACCUGGCCCUCGAAUAAUGGAUGGCGAAACGAGCUUAGCAGCUGCUUCUUCUACUGCAACGAACAAGACCGGUAGGAAAGCUGCAACUUUAUCGGCUACCAUUGCGGCUAAGAAUUUCAAGAAGCAGCGAACGACUGAUGUCAAUUACCAGCACCCCUGGCUAUACACGACCCUCAAGGGACACAGCCGUCAGGUGCUUGAUGCGGACUUUAGCAGAAAUGGGAAAUUUUUUGCGACAUGUGCGGAAGAUUCGCCUUCAACACAGUCGAGCGGCAACAAUCAUUUGAUUAAUAGUCGUAUUAAUAAAAAUGAUGAACAAAAUGCUAGCACACGUUCGCUAUCGCCGGCGUUGUCAUCAUCAUCGUCGUCUUCAACUUUCAGUGGCGUUAGCGAUGAUAAAAUGAUCAACGUUGUUACUAGCAGUUGUUCAGGUAGCAGCAAUGGCGAUAAUAGUAGUUCCACCAGUGGCCUCACCAGCUGUAACAGUAGUGGUAGUACCCAGAGUGAAGACUUACAAAAUGUGCAUGGUAAUAGCAAUAAACAACGAAAAUACACGAAAAGAAAACAAUAUAAGAAAAGUGCUAACUAUAAUAGUUGCAUGAAUAUGAACGGCAACAAGCUUAACUCGUCACCCAACUUGCGCCAAACGUCGUCAUCGUCAUCAAUUGCUAGCGACGAUGUUGUCAAUGCGUUACAAGAUGAUCAUAUUACACAAACGAAAUAUUACUACAACUCAUCACCGCUCAUGAAUAGCUCAUCACUUUCAUUAUCCAAUCCGACGUCGAGGACCAGAAAUCAGAUGGUCAGCAACAACCGGCGUAACGCGAUUAGCUCAGCAAACGCGAUGUGGCCGUCACUACCUAUACCGCCAUCAAUUGCAGCAGCAGAAACAUCUUCAUUAUCCUCUUCUAUUAAGAACAAUAAACAUGCAAGUUGCCAAGGUCGUCUGGAUUUCAGUUCCAAUAUAGUCAAUACCAUAAAUACGACAGCAAAAGCGGGUCAUCGUUUUGAAAAAAAAUACCACAAGGGAAACACAAAAAGCGGGCACUUGAAUACAUCCCCGACUGUUGGUGACCAUGCAAUAGUUACCAAUGCUUCACAGUUACGCCAGUUUGUGAAGUUGAAUUUGAAUGAGAACGAGCUCGUUAAGUAUCUCCGUAAGUACGUGCUCGAUAAGGAUGUAAUGAAGCAACUUGGUUUUCCUGUUGAGUACGGGCUGGAUUCAAAUAAAGCAAUUAUCUAUAAGUUUCCGCACGAUUUUUUUCGUCCAUCACAGCUAUAUCCGACGUCUAUAGCUGUUGCGACAGAUAUUGAUAAAAAAGAUCUACCCAAUGUUGCAAACGCGGACAAAAGCGAUGACAACGACAAUAAUCAAGGAAGUGCUAUAUCCUCUCCGACGAAUGUCGAGAGUAACGAUUCAUUACUCAUGUAUCGGUUAUCCAGCGAUUCAACAUCAUUGGAAUCGCCUUUGAGGCCAGAUGUGCAAUUGCAACCAAGCGAGGAACGUGAAUGUUGUCGCUGUGGGAAAGGUUUUUUCAUCACUCGUGAUGGAGAAUACUUGACACAAGAACAUUGCAUUUAUCACUGGGGACGAUUGACACGCGUUUUCAGUGGAGCUGAGUUUAAAAAGAUUUACUCAUGUUGCAGCGGUGAAGUAGAUGUUAAAGGUUGUACCGUUAAUAAGCUGCAUGUGUGGACAGGUCUGUUAUCUGGUUUCAAUGGACCAUUCGACGGAUUCGUUAAAACACAACCAUCACCGCGAAAGCUGAAAAAGUUUGGAAAAAUGCUACUUAACAAUUUUUAUAACCAAAAUAUGAAUGGCGAUUGUAUCGAUCUAUUGCACGAAGACCUUCUUCUGGAAAAUGAAGAGAGUGAUGGAGCAUAUGCGCUUGAUUGUGAGAUGUCUUACACUGGACGAGGUCUGGAACUUACCAAGGUUACUGUGGUGUCGACUGACGGUAGUUUGGUGUAUGAAAAGCUUGUCAAGCCAGAUAUUGAGAUUGUUGACUACAAUACUCGCUACUCAGGUGUUACUGAAUCAGAUUUUGCAAACUCUCGUAACUACGUAACUCUGAGACAGGUACAAAAUGAGCUGCUACAAUUCGUUCAUGACGACACUAUCCUUAUUGGACAUGCAAUUGAAAAUGAUCUGAAAGUAUUAAAAAUCAUACACAAAACUGUGAUUGAUACAUCCAUCACUUUUCCGCAUAUGAACGGUUUUCCGUUUAGACAGUCACUUAAAUCACUUACCAAAAACAUUUUGAAACGUGAUAUUCAAACUCAAAUGUCAGCAGCGUGUGGCUCUGUUGACUCGAAAUCGCAGCAUCACAUUAAAUCUGAGUUGGUAUGCAUCAACAACAGCAGCAUCGUUAGUAGUAAUAGUAGUAAAACUAGUUGUGAUAAUCACAACGCGAAUAGUAAUAAUAGUAGUUAUUCAUAUGGCCACUGUUCCCUGGAGGACAGUAGGGCUAGCUUAGAACUUAUGCUUUGGCGUGUGCGUAAAGACAAAGCUGCUUACGACAAUUCACGAAAUAACAGUAGUUGUUAUCAAAUGCAGAAUAAUUGAAUAAUAUAAUGCUGUGAUCAUUUUAAUUUAGUUUUUUUAAUUCAAACUAUAAUUCUACAUCGUCGCCGUAGAGAUAUAUGUUAUAAGUCACUUAAAAGUGUUGAAUAAACAAUACUGAAUGAAGA